CAAGCGGGCCGCCAAUGGGGAGCGGCGCUGCGCGCGCGGGGCGGUGGGAACGGCGCCGAGUCAGUAUGUACGUCGGUUGCCGUAACAACGGGCAGCGGGGUCCAUCGGCAAUGGCCUCUAACUUUAAGAAGGCAAGCAUGGCAUCAUCUGCCCAGCGAAAAAGGAUGAGUCCUAAGCCAGAGCUUACUGAAGAGCAGAAACAGGAAAUCCGGGAAGCUUUUGAUCUCUUUGAUGCUGAUGGAACUGGGACCAUAGAUGUUAAGGAACUUAAGGUGGCAAUGAGGGCACUGGGCUUUGAACCCAAGAAAGAAGAGAUCAAGAAAAUGAUAAGUGAAAUCGAUAAGGAAGGGACAGGAAAAAUGAACUUUAGUGACUUUUUGACUGUGAUGACUCAGAAAAUGUCUGAGAAAGAUACCAAAGAAGAAAUUCUGAAAGCUUUCAAGCUCUUCGAUGAUGAUGAAACUGGGAAGAUAUCAUUCAAAAAUCUAAAGCGUGUGGCCAAGGAGUUGGGUGAGAACCUCACUGAUGAGGAGCUACAGGAAAUGAUCGAUGAGGCUGAUCGAGAUGGAGAUGGAGAAGUCAAUGAGCAAGAGUUCCUGCGCAUCAUGAAAAAGACCAGCCUUUACUAAAAUCAGUCUCUUCUUUUCAUAUUGUGUGAAACCUGGGUUUUGAGAACAUCAACUAUUUUCUCCUACUGACCUACCUGUAUAACUUUAGUAACAAUCUUGAAUCUCUUUUAGGUAUUUGAAAGUGUUCUUUGACAUUUAAGUUCUCUUUAAGGUGACCUGCUGAUUGCUUCAAUUCCCCAGAGCAAAACAAAAGCACAUUACGGUGGUGAAAAGGGUCUUAAAGCUUUCACCCACCUGCAUUUCUGCCUUGUAUCACCUCACUCUUGUCAUGCAUUUCCACACUGAUGCCACCCAGAACGACUUCUUAGACAAGCACAUGUUGUAUCCAAGCCACCAGAAGCAGGGGGCAUGUCCUUGAUGUUUCUAGUUAUAACUGACACCUGAGUGCCGCUUUCUCUUUUAUAAAACCCAGUGAACUUACUCACGUGCAUUUGGAUGUGUGUUUGUGCUAUUUGUUUUGUCUUAAAAAUAAAGCCUUUCUUAUUUUAA